AUGGCGGGCCUUCAAACCAACGAGUUUGACACUCUUUGUUCUCAAUCUAGCAAGAAAAGAAACCACGAACCAACGGAGAUUGAAGAAGAAGCAGCACUUGCCCUCUUGAUGCUAUCUCAGGACAAUCGGAGUUGGCACACUAUUCCAGCCACCAGUGCUGCCGCCGUCGUUGAACUCAUAAAAGAUGUACUAAAUCUCGCCACCACCGCAGUCACUACCACUAGUGAAAGAACAGCCGCUUUAGCCUCCUCCGAUGAUGACAAGAAAUCAAUGGAACCCUUUCUCCUGUUAUUGUCUCUUCUCCGCCGGACCAGAAUAUGCCGUACAUUUGUAGUGUGUGCGACUUUUACCACUGGCCAAGCUUUGGGUGGCCACAUGCGGAGGCACUAUGAAGGCGAGAUAAAGGGCGGCAAGAAAACCAGUGGGAUCACAUCCAGGGGCGGCGCCUUCAGCCAAUGCAACAGCAAUGGGCGCACCAUUACAGUCGACUUCAACUUAAACCAGCCCGCGUUACUGGAGACUUACUCAGAUUUCACCCUUUACAUUCGCCAGAAUUUCCAGGUUCUUGGUGAUCAACACAAAGUAGAAAGUCAGAUUCCUUUCCAGAAACAGCGUUUGGAUGAAUGA